AUGAAAUCUGAAGCUGAAAGAAGACAGACAUUUAAAGCUUGGAGUGGAACAUGCCCUGUAAAGCCAGAAGAGCUGGCAAAGGCUGGAUUUUUCUACGUCGGAGUAUUGGACAGAGUGAAAUGCUUUUCAUGUGGUGGACAGAUUGAAGGCUGGGAAGAGGGCGACACUGUCAUGGGUGAACAUGAGAACCUGUAUCCGUAUUGUGACAUGGUAAAGAACCAGGAUAAAAGUAAUGUUCCAAUUGGAUUGAAAGGGGGAGGUGAUAAGGAAACCGAUGGAUACGUCUCCCAGAAUAGGAAUAUUGACUAUGUACUGACUGAUUCAUCGGGAAGAUUGACUGCCAAAUAUCCACGUUAUACAACGGAAGAGACGCGACUCGAAACUUUCCGAGAUAAAUGGUCAGAUAAAUUCAAAUUACCUUCUUCCGAGACUAGAUGGCUGGCAAACGCUGGGUUUAUCUAUACCGGUCCCGAAGAUGCAGUUAGAUGUUUCCAUUGUGGAGGUGGUCAUAUGUGUUGGGAAGAGGAUGAUGAGCCUUGGAGUGAGCACGCCCGAUCCUUUCCGACAUGCGAAUGGCUUCUUGCAAUGAAGGGCAAACUUUUUGUUGACGAAGUACAGGAAUAUUUCAAGAAAGCAAAAGUGAAUGCGGCGGAAGAAGAGACCCCGACUACAGACACCUCAUCAGCUUCUACACCUGUACCCAGGGCAGAAACGGCUUCGGGUUAUGCAAAAGAACUACCUACCACUCGGUUGGACCAGCUGAUUGGUAGCGCAACUGUAGAAUCUAUUCCGAAGACUGGAUUCGCCGAGGCGUCCGUGCGUCAGAUUCUGGCCGAACAUACUCUCAAAAUGGACUUAGAUUUCUCAUCUUCAGACAGUUUGAUUGAAGCUCUAAAGGCGAUUGAGAAAGGGAACAACUCAACUGAAGACAAAUCAGUGGAAUCUUUAGUUAGCCGGACUGAGAUGCAGACAAAAAGAUUUGCUAAUCUUGAGAUGAAAGGAGGUCAGAGACAGGAGGAAGCAUCGAAUAUUCAUUCUGAUCAGAAGACCUUCGUUACUGCAAAAUCUUCAGGACACAAAUGGGAAAAGAGAUUAUCUGUUCCAUUCUGA